GCAAAGAAAUUAAAUCACAGCAAAGACAGUUUGUAUAGUGAAUGCGAUAACGGAUGGGUAUAGCCAGGGCAGAAAAUGAAGGAGAGGAGUGACAUAUGGUCCCGUUUCCUAGCUUUAAGCACCAGACGUGCAGCGGAGUUAUCUACUUACUGCAUGGACAGCCGAUUGAGCUAUAACAAUCAAGCCGAGAUAAGAAACUCGAUAAAUACCCGUACCCUCCAAAAAACACCACCAAAACAAACAAACGACAAAGCAAUAAAAGAAACUGUGAAGAUGGUGGCAAACCAUACAGAUACCAGACUUAUAAAAAAAAUAUUAAAAGGAAAAAAACUAAGUUGUUUUAAGUAACGAACAGUAGAAACAAAUACAGCACCAAAAACAAUAGAAUUCUAGGAUAUACGAAUGUGGCAACAUAAAGGAACUGGCAAACAGUUCGGAAUACCACUGCAUGCUUCCUGGGCACAAAGAGCGUCAAAGAGCAGCAACCCUCCUACACCUACCCUAACCCAUCCCCCCAUCGCCCCUUUCAUCCACCACUCCCCCCAGAUUCCCAUCCUCUCGUCGCCCUUAGGUGGAAGAACAUUUUCCCAUCCUAACACCACGGACUCUAUACAUAACCGCGUUAAAAACACAGCAACCAUCUGAACAACUGAGAGUUAUGUACCCUGUGGACAGCCCGGGAAAUCGACUGUUAUUUGUACGAUGGAUGAAUAUCUGUUCGAGCUUGAAUAUUCCGAUGAAUUGGAUGCACUCAGAGAUAAGGGAGAACUUCCCGUGGGAACAACACCAAAAUCAAGAAAAUGCCUUUAUUUUGCUACUGCAGAGAGCAGUGCAAAAAUAACUGACAAUGACUCUGUAUCACCACAGAGGUCAGUGCAACAUAUUAGCAGCUCAUUCCUUGAAGAUAAUGGGGAUUAUCAGGUUAGUUUUGAAGAUGCUGGCCAGACUCAAAGGAUUACUGAAGGUCACUCCAGAAGAGAACCCCAAAGAAAACGUUUUGCAAAAGACUCAAACAGCACUGAAGAAGAAAAGGAUUAUUUUGACAGCUUUCAGGACCUAGAGCCACAAAGCAAAAGAGCUCGAAGUACUGGCAUCAAGAAUCUUUGGAGCAAACCAGCUCAUGAACUCCAUACACAUGGAUCAGCAAGGAAGGCGUUUGACAACAAAGAAUCAAAUGAUUUUCAGAACAGAUUUGCAAAUGGGCCUUUCCUUGCCCACCCCUAUAAGGGUCAAGAACUGAGUUGUCAACAGGUACACACUUCCAUCACAAAAAGUCAUCAUAUUUCUGUUACAAAUUCUGAUGGACUUCGUGUACACGUGAAACUGCAAGAUGACUAUUUCAUGGAAGAAAAGACUUAUAGCACAAACCUACAUUUGCAAAAUACACUCCUUACAGUGCCGGUGACUGUUCUGAGGGAGCUGCUGGAGGAGAGUAAACAUGUGCAAGAAGAGAUGACAACAUCAUAUCUUCACAAGGAUAUACCUGAUGGCUGUAACAUGGAGAACAGGGUAGUGGAAGAAACUGCAGAUGAAAUUACUGAACAGUCUCAGUCCCUUUGGGUGGAUAAAUAUGCACCACAUCGCUAUACUGACCUUCUGAGUGAUGAGUCAGUGAACCGCCUGUUGCUGCAUUGGCUCAAAAAGUGGGAUCAUGUUGUCUUUAACAAGGAGCUCUCCUCAACAAAGACAAAAAUGGAGAGAAAGACUAAGCAAUCAGGGAACAAGAAGUUUCAACUCAAAGUGCCUGAAGAAUUCGAUGAUCUUAAACGGCCCAUACAAAAGGUAGCAUUGCUGUGUGGGUCUCCAGGCCUUGGUAAGACAACUCUUGCUCACAUUGUGGCCAGGCAAGCAGGUUACAACAUAGUGGAAAUAAAUGCGAGUGAUGAUCGCAGUGUUGACGCCUUUCGAAACAGCAUAGAGUCAGCCACACAAAUGAAAGCUGUGAUAGGGGCUGACCCACGUCCUAACUGUCUUAUCAUUGAUGAGAUUGAUGGAGCUUCUCAGGCAGCAGUGAAUGUGUUACUGGGUAUCUUGAAGCAAACAGAGAACAGCACAGGUAAAAAGAAGAAAGAUGUCCUUCUUCGUCCUGUCAUUUGCAUCUGUAAUGACCAAUAUGCAGCAGUUCUUCGGCAGCUCCGACAGCAAGCUAUGGUGAUAAAUUUUCCAUCCCCAGAACCUGUUUACCUAGCCUCCAGACUAUUAGAGAUUGUGAGGCUUGAGCAACUGAAGGUUGACUUGACAUCCCUUCUUGUGCUUUGCAAACGCACAGAAAAUGACAUCCGCUCCUGUCUUAACACACUUCAGUUUGUACGCAAGAAGCACAGAGAGCUGACUUUACACAUGGUCCAAACAAUGAGUGUUGGGCAGAAGGAUACCCAUAAAACACUUUUCUCUGCAUGGAAGGAAAUCUUGACCAUACCCAGGCCUAACAGGAACAGGAAUGUUGGUACAUUUGAUCUAGCAGAAGGUAAAACUGAAAAUCUGCAGAUGAAUGUAGCAUCUCCCACAGCAAGGUUUCUGCAUAUUCUUAGCUUGACACAAGCAACAGGAGAAUAUGAACGUCUUCUAGAAGGGCUUUUUGAAAAUUACCUACAAACCAAGAGCAAAGACCCACAUCUUCUAAAUCAAAAUUUAGCAUCAGAGUGGUUUUGUUUUGUUGAUGAGCUAAACUGGUAUACAUCACAUAACCAGGACUACAGCUUGAUGAAGUAUAUUCCAUUCUUGCCUGUACUUGUCCACUUCUUGUCUGCAGUAUCAGUACCCCAGCGGAUAAACUUCCCACAUUCACAUUAUGAGGUGAUGCAAAAAUGCAACAGGAUAACAGGUCUGCUUGCUACACUGCUAAUGGAGAUGUUACCAGGCAUUCGCAAGUAUCUUGACAUCCAUACUUUGACCCUUGAUGUUUUGCCUCUGCUGCUUAACAUCAUGCAGCCAACACUUCGACCUGUGAACACACAGCUGUACAGUGGAAGAGAAAAGGAUGACCUUGCUCAUCUAGUGCGUGUCAUGGUUAAUUACAACCUGAUAUACAAACAGGAACGCACACCGGAAGGCCAAUACACUUAUACUCUUGAACCGAAUUUGGAGGAAGUUGUAAGAUUCUCAGGCCUCAAGCAGUACAGACAACUUACCUAUAGUGCUAAACAGCUUAUAGCCCGAGAGAUUGAACUAGAGAAAUUGAGAAGGACUGAAGUUAAUGUGAUAUCAAAUGUUGAAUCAUGCAAGUCUGCUGUUCCGAACCACAAACAUAACCUAUUGCCCAAAUCAGUGAAUGAAGAAAAGAUCCAGACAAAUUUCUUUGGGAACCUAACAAGAACAAAAAGACAAGUACACAAACACAAAGCAGAUAUUGUGAAAGAAAGCAAGGAAGAUGAGAAAAAUGUCUUGGACACGCUUGUCUGGUUUCACUUCAAAGAAGGGUAUUCUAAUGCUGUUCGAAGAAAUGUUCAUAUGCAUAAUCUGCAGUAAGAGAGUGCAAAUGUGUGUGUAGCAGCAGGUGAAUAUAACUGUGAUAAUGAUCAUGAACUAUUUUCAGAAAUUAUUCAGUGAAAUGUAGUUUUUUGCAUGUAAAUACAACUAACAAGUAGAUUUUGUUCAAAAAUACUGUUUAAGGAUUUUAUGUUUAAUUAUAUUUUCUAAUUGUGACUUAAUCUAAGUCAGAAAGUCUCUUGGAGAGAAAAUUUAUAGUAAUAUUUAGCAAAUAAAUGUUUUCCUGGCUACA